GUGCUUGGACGACCAUCUCCUUUAUACGAGCAGGUGGCAAACACAGUUGCAUCGUCUCGAGGGCUUGGUAAUUUCUUCAGAAUCUAACAAGAGUUCUCCAUGUAGUUCAUCAUCAGCUCCCAAUUUUUUCGUGGAUCUCGUAUCAGAUUGUAGGUUGGUAUCUUAGACAAGAUGGCAGCUUCACAAAAUGUUGAGUUGGAAGCAGCGAAAUUUCUGCACAAACUUAUUCAAGAAUCUAGAGACGAGCCAGCAAAAUUGGCUACGAAACUUUAUGUGAUACUGCAACACAUGAAAUCAAGUGGGAAAGAGCAUUCGAUGCCAUAUCAAGUAAUUUCGAGGGCCAUGGAAACUGUCAUCAAUCAACAUGGUCUUGAUAUUGAAGCUUUGAGGGCAUCACGCCUUCCUUUGACUGGUGGAACUCAGAUGGGCGAUUCUUCGACUGCACAGUAUGCAGUUGCAGGUUCUUCCAGCGUUGUUGGUGCUGCUAAAGAUUCCAAAAUGGGUAUAUCUGGAAGUGAGAUGUCCAAAAGUAGCCCACUGGCUUCAAGCAAGCCGCCUGUUGGCCCAAGUAGUACAGAUCACGAUUAUUAUCCAGGUUCUGCAACUCAUCGGAGUGGUCAAUCUUUUGAUCAAGAAAGUCCAUCUAGUUUGGAUUCAAGGUCUGCCAAUUCACAGUCACAAGAGAAGCAUGAUUCAGUGAAUUGGGACAAGCAAUUGAAUGAUAAGGAUGGUAAAAAGGGCAGCAAGAAGAGGAAGAAGGUGGAUACAUCAGUUGUGGAGCCACCUAGCGACAAUACUCAUCAACUUGAUACACGCAACUCAUUGGUUAAUCCUAGGAAUGUAAAGACGAACAGGGUCGAACCACCGGCAUAUCUAGCUAAAGGAGGGAAUAUCGAGCAGGUAAAGCAUGGAUUGACCAAAGCUACAGAAAAGCCUAUUGACCCUCAAUUGUAUUCUGUAAACCGUGGUGAUGGGACAUCUACCUCCAAUGAAAAAGUUUUGGAGAGUGAACUACCCAUGCCUAGCACAUCAUCAGUUGAUGCUACGAAAAUGAUCCAAGGUACAUGGCGGAACAAUGCACCAGAAAUGAGUAUGUUGCGCAACUCAGCUUCUAGAGAAGCAGGAAAGCUUCCUGUUUCUCAGGUUCCUACCCCAUCCCAAUCACGUUUGCCUUUCAAGGAACAACAAUUGAAACAACUUAGGGCGCAGUGCCUUGUGUUUUUAGCAUUCAGAAAUGGUUUGAUGCCAAAGAAACUGCACCUUGAAAUUGCCCUGGGGAAUAAUUUUCCUAAAGAAGAGGGGCUUCGCAAAGAUGUUGAUCCUAGAGGUAUUUCUCAAUCUUUUAACGAGGCCAGAAGUUCCAAUGAAGGCAUGAUGCCAUCUGGAAAAUUGGAUGCUGGAAGGGAAACAGGUAUGGUGGCCCCAGGCACGGUAUCUGCUGGAAGAACCUUUGAAGCUGAUUCCAUGAAAGAAGUAGAUAAUAGGAGAGUGGAGGAAAAAAAGGGCACACCUCCUGACUAUUCUGUUCAAGCAGAAGUAAGAAAGGCAGAGGCUGAAGGCAUGCGGGAAAAAACAACUGCUCAAACAUGCCUGAGCUCUGGAUCACAUCCGCCUGACUUUUCAGGUACAAGGGGGGUUUUAACUGCACAUAAUCCUGUUGAGGAUUUGGAGAAUAGCAAUCUUCAAGCCACUGCUGCAGCGGGUAUAAGCAAGCCAUUGAACCCUGAAACAGUUGGCUGGACAGGAAUUGGAAGCACAAAUGAGGUUUCUAGGGUCAGUCUACCAGCAUUUGCUAGUCAGCAUGAGCUGGUAGUUGAUAGGAAGAAUGAUGUAUCUGCUCAGUUGCACAUUGUUCGGAACAAUAGUGGAUUAGGGAGUCAACAUAUUGAUAGUCAGUCUUCUUUUUCAAUGGGAGAACGGUGGAAGCCUAUCUCUGGGACAUAUGAUCAGUACCAUGCUGUCAUGCCCUCCAGAGAUGCUAGUGUGAUCCCAAAUAUUGCAUCUCAUGAUGAUAUGCAUGUGCCAGAAUCUGAAUCCAGAUGCAUCACAGAAGUGCAAAAAGUGGCAUCUAUUGAUGAAGGGAAAAAUGGCAGCCUAAAUACUAUGGAACAAGAAGACAAUGGUAAGUCAAUGCCAUCUGAUUUGCCGAUGUCUCCAAAGUACACCAUGUCAGAGAAAUGGAUAAUGGAUCGGCAGAAAAAGAAACUCCUAAAUGAGCAAAAUUGGUUACUGAAACAACAAAAAACUGAGAAACGUAUUAUCACCUGUUUUGAUAAGUUAAAGGAUACUGUCAGCUCAUCAGAAGAUAUAUCUGCAAAAACUAGAAGUGUUAUAGAAUUGAAAAAGCUUCAACUCUUGCAGCUUCAGCGCCGGCUCAGGAAUGAUUUUCUCAAUGAUUUCUUCAAACCAAUUUCAACUGAGAUGGACCGAUUGAAAUCUUUCAAGAAGCAUAAACAUGGUAGGAGGAUUAAACAACUUGAAAAAUUUGAGCAGAGAAUGAAGGAGGAGAGGCAAAAGAGAAUUCGGGAGAGGCAAAAGGAAUUCUUUGGUGAGAUAGAAGUUCACAAGGAAAGACUCGAUGACGUAUUUAAAGUUAAGAGAGAGAGGUGGAAGGGUUUCAAUAAGUAUGUCAAGGAGUUCCACAAAAGGAAGGAACGAAUUCAUCGUGAGAAGAUUGACAGAAUCCAGCGAGAGAAGAUCAAUCUUUUGAAGAUUAAUGAUGUAGAGGGGUAUCUUCGAAUGGUGCAGGAUGCAAAAUCAGAUCGUGUUAAGCAACUUCUCAAGGAGACUGAAAAAUAUCUUCAGAAGCUUGGAUCCAAGCUUCAAGAGGCAAAGUCCAUGGCAAGCGAUAUGGAUGAUGGAGGAGCUGUGAAUAUUGCUGAAAAGAGUGAAUCUGCGAUUGAAAAUGAAGAUGAGGCAAAGCAUUAUUUAGAAAGUAACGAGAAGUACUACAUGAUGGCUCAUAGUGUUAAGGAAAGCAUAGCCGAGCAGCCUUCUUGUCUUCAGGGAGGAAAGUUGAGGGAGUAUCAGAUGAAUGGGCUUCGGUGGCUUGUUUCUCUGUAUAACAACCAUUUGAAUGGAAUUCUUGCCGAUGAAAUGGGGCUUGGAAAAACUGUUCAGGUAAUUUCCCUAAUCUGUUAUUUGAUGGAGACUAAAAAUGAUCGAGGUCCCUUUUUGGUGGUUGUGCCAUCAUCAGUUUUACCCGGAUGGGAGUCAGAGAUCAACUUCUGGGCCCCUAGUGUGCUUAAAAUUGUGUAUUCUGGGCCUCCAGAAGAGCGGCGUAGAUUAUUCAAAGAGAGAAUUGUUCAUCAGAAAUUUAAUGUACUACUGACCACGUACGAAUAUCUGAUGAACAAGCAUGAUAGGCCAAAACUGAGCAAGAUUCAUUGGCACUAUAUCAUAAUUGAUGAAGGCCACCGCAUAAAGAAUGCUUCCUGCAAAUUGAAUGCUGAUCUAAAGCACUAUCAGAGUUCUCACAGAUUACUCUUGACUGGAACACCACUACAGAACAACCUUGAAGAGCUGUGGGCAUUACUGAACUUUUUGUUGCCAAAUAUUUUUAAUUCAUCAGAGGAUUUUUCACAGUGGUUCAACAAACCAUUUGAGAGUAAUGGUGAUAAUUCAGCUGACCAAGCCUUGCUUUCUGAAGAGGAAAAUCUUUUGAUCAUAAAUCGACUGCACCAAGUGCUUCGCCCGUUUGUUCUUCGGAGGCUUAAACACAAGGUGGAAAAUGAACUGCCAGAAAAGAUUGAAAGACUUGUAAGAUGCGAGGCUUCUGCAUAUCAGAAGCUUUUGAUGAGGAGAGUAGAGGAUAACCUUGGUUCAAUAGGAAGUACAAAGGUCCGCUCAGUGCAUAAUUCAGUGAUGGAGCUGCGUAAUAUUUGCAAUCAUCCUUAUCUAAGCCAACUUCAUGCAGAGGAGGUUGAUAAUUUGAUACCUAAGCAUUACCUGCCACCCAUUGUUAGACUCUGUGGGAAGCUGGAGAUGUUAGAUAGAAUAUUACCAAAGCUAAAAGCAACUGAUCAUCGGGUUCUCUUCUUUUCCACCAUGACUAGACUGCUAGAUGUUAUGGAGGAAUAUCUUCAGUGGAAACAAUAUCGAUAUCUACGAUUGGAUGGACAUACGUCUGGGGGUGAUCGUGGUGCACUAAUUGAGUUAUUUAACCGGCAAAAUUCUCCCUACUUUAUAUUCCUUCUUAGCAUUCGAGCUGGUGGUGUGGGAGUGAAUCUCCAAGCUGCUGAUACAGUGAUUAUCUUCGACACAGACUGGAAUCCACAGGUUGAUCUACAAGCACAGGCUAGGGCUCAUAGAAUUGGGCAGAAGAGGGACGUGCUUGUUCUUAGAUUUGAAACAGUUCAAACGGUGGAAGAACAAGUGAGAGCUGCUGCGGAGCAUAAACUAGGAGUGGCUAACCAAAGUAUUACAGCUGGUUUUUUUGAUAACAAUACAAGUGCUGAAGAUCGAAGAGAAUAUUUGGAAUCUCUUCUACGUGAGUGUAAGAAAGAAGAAGCUGCACCUGUACUAGAUGAUGAUGCUCUGAAUGAUCUCCUAGCACGCAGUGAGUCAGAGAUAGACGUGUUUGAAACAGUUGACAAAGAACGGCAAGAGCAUGAGAUGGCCACAUGGAAGAAGCUGGUACUUGGCCAUGGAAUUUCUGAGCCUGUUCCUUCCAUCCCUUCUCGUCUUGUAACAGAUGAUGACCUGAAAGUAUUCUACGAAACAAUGAAGAUAACUGAAGAAGUACCAAAAGCUGGGGAGGCUUCCCAUGCAGGGGUGAAGAGGAAGAGUGAAUAUCUUGGAAGCCUUGACACCCAACAUUAUGGGAGGGGGAAGCGGGCAAGAGAGGUGCGAUCCUAUGAGGAACAGUGGACAGAAGAGGAAUUCGAAAAGAUGUGCAAGGUUGACUCACCUGAAUCCCCUAGGCCAAAGGACGCUGUGGCAGGAGAACCAUCAGCUAGUGUUAGUGGAUCAGUUGAAGCAACUGUUUUGAAGAAAGAAGAACAUGCUUCCUCUCCUCUGCCUCCUGUUCAGCCUUUGGCUCCUGUUCAGCCUAUGCCCCAGCAUCAAACACCACCUUCGAAGCGAGGUCGUGGAAGACCAAAAAGAUCAACUGUUGAUAAGCUGCCUGCUCCUGUGGUUCCUCCUCCAUCUCUUUCUAUAACAGCCAAAACGGAAACGGGGUUACAAGGGGAAACUAUUUCAAGCAUUUCUAAAACUGGCUGUCUUGAUUCUUUGCCUGGUCAAGGAAUAACUGGUCAAAUUGCUUCGGGGACUGCUCCAAAUUCUCAGUUAACUACCCCAGUGCCUAGUAUUAUUCCUGCCUCUGAAUCAGCUCCAGCUUGCUCCCCUGCACCAAUUCAAGCGAAACACGGUCGAAAAACUCAAACUGGACAAGAAGCUCCUCGGAGAAGGGGGAAAAAACAGGGGAUAGUACCGCCUCCUGUUCCUUGCAGUCUAUCCUCUGAUUUAAGACAAGAUGACCCAUCACAGGGUAAAUUGACAAAUCCAGUGGCAGGUCAAGUUAAUGUUGCAAGCGAUGUUGGUUCUAAUGCUUCUCCCACCCAGCCUCCCACUUCUUUCCCUGGUUCUGCCUCUUCAAAACCUAUCACUGGACCUAAUGAUCAACCUGCCAUUGGGGUUUCAUCAAAUUUGGAACCUAGUGCUGCUAUGCCUUCUGUGUCUUCUAUAUCUCAAAUUGCCCCUAAUUUGAUUCCUAAACCUGUACAGCCCAGAGGACCAUAUCGGAAGACUCAAAAUGCUGCUGGAGCGCCACGACGUAGAGGAAAGAAACAGGCAGGAGCAACUCCUGCAUUACCUAACACCAUGGCUGCUGCUAGUCUAAGCUCAAAUAUCAAUUUGCAAAAGAACCAUAUGGAUUCUUCUUCAAGUAAGGCUGUUGUUGUCAGUCCUAAAGAAAAUAUCGUCAAUCAGGCAACCAAUAUUAUCUCUGAGCAAUUGCAUCGAAUCACUGGACAGGGUUUGGAAUCUUCUAAAUCAACAGAUAAUUCCAAUCAGGGCAAGGAGACAGUGAGCUUGUCAACGUGUGUUAGUACUGUGGGAUCACAAGUGUCUACAGAACAAAGUCAAAAUACCGAACACUUGAGUAAGAGUACUGGUGCUGCCCAGGAUGCAACUAUAUCAAAUAACAUUGUGGAUGAGACUUUGAAGAGCCAUAGUUUACAAGACACACCUGCAGUUCCAGUAUGUGGUCCUCCAACCACCUCUUUAUCUAGUUCUGUUACUGUGGAGAUGAGUCCCAAACCUGUUAUAGAUGUUGCUCCAGAGACUGCUCCUAGUUCCCAGCCCAUCCAUUCAUUACCGUCAGUGGCUUCAACCUUGCAACUUCCCUCUCAAUCUCCACCACCCGGAUUUGUGCAGCCUAAACGGCAAGGUCGUAAGACUCCUAGAAGCAGGGAAGAGCCCCCUCGACGUAGGGGAAGAAAACCGGCCUCAUUGGCCUCUGUAGUCCCUGAUGGUGGUUCAGUUAGCAAGGAAGCUAAAGAUUUGAAUGUGCAUGUGCAACCUACGCAAAUGGGGGAUUCAGGUAGUAAAGACACUUGCCUAAAAGGUAAAACUGGGACUGAGAAUCUAGAAUCAACCAGUGUUCAACAUGUCGCUGGUGUGACCCAAAUUGUAGAUACUCAUUCCCUGGGUCCAAAAAGAAAGGAGCAAGCACCCAAAACUGCUCAACAGAAACAAUUGUUGGCAUCAUCAACAAAAAGUGAUGCUACUGGAACCUUGGACAGGACCACUAUAUCAGGCCGUUAUCAAACUGCAAACGUGAAUGAUGUUGCUCGAGUAAUGAAGGAGGUCUUCUCUGGAACUGGCUUGUCAAAAGCCAAAGUCGGAGAGUCUUCUGGGAAAGAAAGCAAGGAUGCCCCUGCAAUGCCUGUUUUGAGCAAGUCGUCUGUGGAGGUGAUCAGAAAUAAUCAGUCAGAGGCUACUUUAGCCACCAUUUUAAAUUCCAACAUUCCAGUUGGGGCUCAUGAACUAGAAUCUUCAGUUAGAGCUAGUGAAGUAAGACCAGGUUCUGCAAAUGCUUCAGAAGAAUGUAUCAUUCCAAAGAUCGAUGAGGAAAAUAAAUUGGUUGAAUCAAAAGAAACGUCUGCUGCAUGCUCAAUUGUGGCUAGUGGCUCUGGAAUUUCAUCAAAUAUCAACAAUGCUGACCAUAAUCCACCAGAAGGCUCAACUAUUUCCUCAAGUCUGAUUGAUUGUAAUUCAUCAAAGACUCUUAAGAUGACAGAUGAUGCAUUGAAAAACGAAACAAAACCUGUUAGUGGGGGACUCUUAAAAUCUUCUCCUGAUAGAAGCAGCUAUGAAGUUCCCCCAUCUUUGAAUAAUGAUGGUGAAAGUCACCCUGCUCCUACAUUGCCUGUUGCUUCUGAUAGCAGUCAUACAAAUAGGAUAACAGCCCCUUGUACGAAUCAGGAGAAUAAUGGCUGUCAAAGUCUCUCAGGUCAUCACGAAAAUCUUGAUCAUUCAGGUAUUACAAGGUUUGAUGAGAGUUCGGAUGCACUCAUGUCAGGUGCUGAACUUGAUGUUCAAGAACAUCUUUCUGUAGCUACAAUGAAUAUUGAGUGUAAGAAUGACGAAGUGAAUGAUGUCGCCCCUGUUCUUGAACAAAUGGGUCCUGCCUCAAAGCAGGAUGUUGACAUUGUGAUGGGGAAGUCUAGUGGCAGCGUAGAUCAUUCUGACACGGGUGCAUCUGAUAUGGUGAAGGAAGCAUCGGGAAAUAAAUUAGAGCUUGCUUCAGAAGAGAUGCCGAAUCUUCCUUCAUCUGAUGAUGGAAGUGCUCAAGUCCAAGAAGUUUCUGCUGGAAGUCCUGAUGAUUCAGAUAUAGCUAAAUCCAAUAGAGGUUCUCUGGAGGUUGAUCUGGUACCCCCUAGAGUUGACGCUGCAGAAUGCUCUAUCAAAACUGAUGUUGAAGAACAGAAAGCACGAGAGUUAAAUACCAGUAGUAAGUGCAUCUUGGAGGAAAAUUUAAAUGUUCCAGAAAAGGAAGAAAAAGUAUUGGAAGACAAUGCUGAAUUUGGUGAGCCUAAAGAUGUUUCUGAGCCAAUUGCUCCGACCCAGGAUAAUGAACACAAUAAGGGUGACAACGAUGGUGCAUGUCUCAUGGAUGUGGACGUCUCCAGGAAUGAUGAUUUAGAUGAAUCAGAUGCUGGUGGACUCAUCCCUGCUGAUACUUCACCUUCAACGUCAGUCAGACCAAAUGAAUCUAAAAGUUCUGAUGCAAUUGUUCAAAUGGACGUUUCUGAUGGAGAACAUGUGCCAGAAGAUACAAAGGCUACCGAGGUUCUGGGGUCAUCUUCAUUGCAGGAAGGGGUAGAAAAUUGUUCUUUCACGUCUGUGGUAGAUCAAGUUGAUAGUUUAGGGAAGUUGGAGGAACCCAAAAAUAUUGGAGUUAGUGCUAAUCUUCAAGUGAUUGUGUCUCAGGAUGAUGUGAUUUCAGAAAACCUUGUGCGAGAGGAUUCAAACGAUACAUCCAUUACGCCACAGGAAGGGAAGAUUGAGGGAUCUGGUGAGAUAAAUCGAGGGUCUCCUAGUGAGGAAAGGCAAUCUGAUCCUCAAGCUGAAGAGGUUCUUGUUGAUCGAAUCGAAGAAGAUAAAUCAGGAAAUUUGGCCCAACCACUUUCUUCGACAGAAGUUAAGGAGACAAAUAUGAUGGUGUUACCCACAAGUUUAGAUAAUUCAGGUGAUCAAACUGAUUUACCUGAUUCCUCAUCCACGAUGACAGGCAGAGAAAAUAUUGAGAAUUCUUGCAAGGAUGAUUUGCAGGAUUGCACAGUCACGGAUUCAAUAAAAACUCUCCAGGAUAGUAGAGAAUUACCUGAAGAGGUAUCACAAGUUUCGGCUGCGCUUGCUCCAACCAACAGCAAUGACUCGCCUCAAAUGGAUCCCCUUAGCUCCUCAGUCUCUCUGGAGCGACCACGUGAUAAUCCAAUGAGUAGUGACCAUAUGGUUGCAACACAUGAUAACAUUGUUUUGUCUGAAAAUGUGUCAUCUGUUUCAUUAAUUACUGAAGAAAACAAGUGUCAAAGUUCCUCUGAGAAAUCCCUAUCUGAUAGUGCAGAACCGUUGGAGAAUUGUAAAGAUUCUGAUAAUAGCAGCGACAGAUUGGUUGUUACUCAAGUCAACAAGGAACGGCUUUUAAGCAUCACCGAAAACCUCAUCUCUGUGGAUUCUUCCGACCAUAUGGAAGUUUCCGCUGGUGAUCAGAUUAAUGUUCCUCAAACUGAGGAGUCUGUUCCUGGAAAUCCAGUUGAUUUCUUAAACCAGCCCCCACCUUCUACAAGUACUAUGGAAGAAGAUAAGACCGAAACCUCAUUUGAUAGUGGACUAAUUGCUGCCCCCCCGCUGCUGAGAGAUGUUUUGCAGACUGAAACAGAACCCAUGGACUCUUCUCAACCUGGUGGGAUUUUAGAAGAUGUAUCAGGAGAAACAAUUUUGCCUUCAUCUUCUGUGUUGGAGGAGGUGGGGGAGCCUCCUCUAGACAAGGCUGCAACAAAACUAGGCAGUCCAUCCUCUCUACCUGCUGAAAAUGAAAGCAUGGAACGCUCACCAGUUUCAAGUCCGGCUGAUAAUGUCAUUGCAGUUGUAGAAACAGUUGUAUGUGAUGAAGCUGAUGUACCCACAGAAAAUGAAAGGUGCCCACUGACAGAUGGUGUCGGAGAUUCAAAAAUGGCCAUAUGCAACGAAGCUGAUGUUCCACCAGUCAGUGACACGGUGCAGGGUCCGGCCAAUAGUUUCACUUCAGUAGAAUUAACCAUACAUGAUCAAGUUGAUGUUCCUCCAGUUAGCGACUCGGCAAAUGCUCCAAAUGAUACCUCUACCAUAUGUGAUCAAGCUGAUGCAACUCCAGCUUCCGAGUUAAAACAGGAUCCAGUUGAUAGUGCCACCCUGGCAUGUGAUCAUGCGGAUGUUCCUACAGUUUCUGACUCACUGCCAGAAAAUAAGUCUCCAAACUUGGACCUGCCUUCUGGAUCUCCACCAGUGAAGGAUGAAACCACUGUCGAGACCCGGGAGCGGUCACUGGAGGAAACUCCAGUUAACCAAAGUUCAGUUGAAUCCGAAACAGAGGAUCCAAAGCAAAGUGAAUGAAUGUAGAAAUCUUCUGUAAAUUUUUUUUGUAUUGCCCUGGUAUCCAAGUUUUUAACCCCACCGGGGAAAUUGUAGCUCCAAUUUAUAGGAAUCUCUUCUAUCAUUUUGUAUGUAUAUAUAUAUACACACACCAAUUAUGGCUUAGAUUGCCCUUCUAUAUAAUUAAUUAUUCAUGGCA